UACGUAAUUUUCAUGUUUCUGUAUAAUAAACGAAAGUGUAAUAGAGGUAUUGUGUCAAAGUAACUGGUAUUACAGAAUGAAAAUACCCUGGUUUCUUGUAAAAGCCACGGUUGUUGGUAAUGUUGUCUAUUAUACUUAUGCGGAAGGAUUGUGGUCGAAACCAGAGGAAACUGCUAAAUUAUAUAAAAAAAUAUGCGUAAAUGUUGCUCCAUAUGUUAAAGAAAAUGUACCGAAAGAAAUUAUUGAAGAGAUAGCACAACUACCAAGUGUGACAGACAUCACAAGUUUUAUCAAAACAUCUUGGAACCAAGGAGUUAUGACCAGCAUGGAAUUUCUUUCUGAUUUACCAACAUAUACCUAUAAUAGUAGUAUUAGUUUAUAUGAAAUUAUGCAAAAAUACUUAAAAGAUAUUCCUUCAUAGAAACAAAAAUAAUUUAUAUGUAAUACUAAAUGUGUAUAUGAUAAAUGAUAAGAAAUAGUGAGUUUAUUAAAGUUAAGGGAAUAAAGACAUAUUUCGCAGUAUGC